UGUAUAACCAGCCCCUCCCUUCUAUUAAUUUUUGCAACAAGCUUAGUCAAGACUAAAUAGCUAGCUAUAAUGGCCAGUCAACCUGAUACACAUGAGAGGAGUGAACUUCUCAUCCAUCAAGAGAAGUCUACAAAGAGCCGAAUCUCAACAAAAACCCUUGCCCUACUUGGUGCAAGUGUUGCUAUAGUUUUAGUAAUUGCAGUUGGUGUUGGUGUGGGAGUCUCAAUAAAUGCCAACCGUGCUGAAGACAGUGCCACUUAUAGCAAUGCAGCUGUAGCUGCUGAUGCUGAGGUUUGCUCUAAAGCAGGAGUGGAAAUGCUUAAGAAAGGAGGGAGUGCUGUGGAUGCUGCGAUAGCUGCUCAUCUUUGUGUGGGGGUUGUCAAUCUCCACUCUACUGGAAUUGGAGGAGGAGGCUUCAUGGUCUACUAUAAUGACACCAGCGGAGAGACAUUUGCUCUGGACUUUAGAGAGGUUGCCCCUAUGAAUGCGAGUACAAACAUGUACAAUAACACUGCUUCUGACAGUCACAUAAGAGGUGGUCUCUCUAUUGCGAUUCCUGGUGAGAUUCGAGGCUUUGAAGCUGCUUGGGAGAGAUUUGGAAAGCUAGAAUGGAAAGAUCUAUUUCAGCCAGCUAUUCGAAUCGCUACUGAUGGCAUUGCAAUCUCCAAUGCUGUGGCUAAAGCCAUUGCAUUUGAAGAAGAGUACAUCCUCUCUGGAAAUUAUUUAGGACUGGAAGAGUUGCUAGCUCCAGAAGGAAGUAUUCUACUUGAAGGUGACAUGCUGAAGCGUCCCCUCCUGGCUGAAACGCUCAGUAAGAUUGCCGACAAUGGUGCCAAUUACUUCUAUGAAGAUACAUUUAUGGAGCAGAUGGUCAGUGAGCUACAAGCAAAUGGUGCCAUCAUAAAUGCAAGUGAUUUCAUGGAUUACAGUGUGGAGGAGCGACUCGUCACCCGGGCAUUUUACGAUAAGUACGAUGUACUGGGAAUUUCCGCUCCUGGGGGAGGAUCUGUCCUUGGGCUCAUACUAAAUAUUCUUGAUGGCUAUGAUUUCAAGGAGGGGGAAUUGGAUGGCUUAUCCUCGCAUCGUAUUGUUGAAGCAAUGAAGUACGCCUACGCUCAGAGGCUGAAGCUGGGAGACCCUGCCUUUAACGACACAGUUAACCAAGCUGUUCAGUAUAUGCUAAAUGAAAGUACUGCAGAGGAUAUGAGGGGGAGAAUCAAUGACAGCAUGACGUAUCCUCCUGAUCAUUACAUUGAUCCGUUUAGUCCACUACAAGUUGCUCAUGAUCAUGGAACCUCUCAUCUUUCGGUACUUGCUGAGAAUGGAGAUGCUGUUUCAAUGACAAAUUCCAUCAACUACUACUUUGGCUCCAAAGUUCGCUCCUCCACUAGUGGAAUAGUGUUUAACAACCAGAUGACAGACUUCAACAUUCCUGGUAGAAGUGAUUCAUUCAACGAGAAAACCGUUAACUAUAUUGAGCCGAAAAAGAGACCUCUCUCUUCAAUGACGCCGACAGUGUUACUCGGUGACGAUGGAAUUAAGAUGGUGGUGGGUGCAUCCGGAGGAUCUCGUAUUACUACAAGUGUAGCACAGGUAAUCCUUAAUGUGCUCGGAUUUUCUCUUCCCCUAAACGAGGCCAUCUAUCGCAGGCGACUACAUCACCAGCUGAUCCCGAACUCUGUAUCAGUGGAGACUGAUUUCCCUGAAGACAUCACCAGCAGUCUGGAGUCGAGAGGGCACAUAGUACAAGUGAGCAAUUCCUCUGCAGUGGUCCAGGGAAUAAACGUGGUGGAUGGUGUGCUGCAUGCUACUAGUGAUCCCAGAAAGGGCGGAAAACCAGAUGGAUACUAACUAGCAAACAAUACUUAUGUCUUGAUAGUAGAUAUAGCAAUAAACCUUUUAGUAACACUGAAUAGGAUAUUAUUGUGAUACAUUUGUGUUAACAUCAUCUCUUACAGUUUUUUUUACUUAUUGAAUACGUUUAAAUUUGUGCAAAACCCAUUAUACAGUAGAUCAACAGUACGUACGUACAUAUGCAUGUACAAUUGAGAAGGAAUAACUUUGUUGCGUUUAUA